GCUGGGGUGUGGGGCGGAAGCUCGAAUCUGGCGGCGGCGGAAGCGCGGCCCUUGCGGGGCAAGAUGGCGGCGCCCAGGAGGUCUUAGAGGUCGAAUGAGAGGCAGUCCCCACACCAAAGCAGUACUGGAAAGAACUGCAAGAGAGCAGCAGCUAGAGUGUCGAGAUGCUGUCAAGACCAAAGCCAGGGGAGUCAGAGGUGGACCUGCUGCGCUUCCAGAGUCAGUUUCUUGCAACUGGUGCAGCUCCAGCAGUACAACUGGUGAAGAAAGGAAGUAGGGGAGGUGGCAACACUAACCUGGACCAGCCUCUGCUGCAGGACCAUCGGGAUGUGGUGACACUGGACAACCUCCCAGAUUCGCCCCCAGCUUUGGUCCCUGCUCCCCCGAAGAGAGCUAGACCCAGCCCUGGCUGCCCCCUGCCUGAAAAUGAGGAUCCUGAAGAGAGGCUGAACAGGCAUGAUCAGCACAUCACUGCCGUCUUGACUAAGAUUAUUGAACGAGAUACAAGUUCAGUGGCAGUGAACCUGCCUGUGCCCAGUGGUGUUGCUUUCCCCCCUGUGUUUCAUCGCUCACAGGAGAGACAGGGGAAGUCGGCAACAUCUGGUAAGAGAAGCAUCUUUGCCCAAGAAAUUGCAGCAAAGAGAACGUCUGAAACCAGUGUCCCACCAGUUAGAGAAGUGUCUACCCCAGAUCCACCAGAUGGUGCUGCUUCCUGUGAAGCACUCACACCUCGGGAGCAGGGCUCCCAGCUUCCCUGGGGCAGCUGUGGCUUCCAGGGACCCCAUCUGGUCACCGGGAAGGGGCUCGGGAGCAAGAAUGCUGAGCAGGAAGCCCAGACCAUCCAUGAAGAGAAUAUAGCAAAACUGCACGCCAUGGCCCCUGAGGAGAUCCUGCGGGAGCAGCAGCAGUUGCUGGCUCAGCUCGAUCCCAGCUUGGUUGCCUUCCUGAGGUCUCCCAGGCACACCCAUGAGCAAGCAGGAGAGAAGACCACAGAGGAGCAGAGGCCAGGAGGACCCUCUGUUGAGGUCACUGGAGAGGAACCCAUUGUGCCAACUUUUGCAAGUAAGCCCAGGCAGGAAGAAGAUCUGGAUCCAAGAGCCCCAGCUCUGGCCCUGCCUGUGACCCCCGACAAAGAAUGGGUGCACAUGGACACCGUGGAGCUGGAGAAGCUGCACUGGACCCAGGAUCUGCCUCCGCUCCGAAAGAAGCGGACGCAGGAGAGGAUGCAAGCCCGAUUUAAUCUUCAGGGAGAGCUCCUGGCCCCCGAUGUGGACCUGCCCACCCAUCUGGGGCUACACCACCAUGGAGAAGAGGCAGAGAGAGCAGGGUAUUCCCUGCAGGAGCUCUUCCACCUGACGCGCAGCCAGGUGUCCCAGCAGAGAGCAUUAGCGCUGCACGUGUUGGCCCAGGUCAUCAGCAGGGCACAGGCUGGUGAGUUCGGGGACCGGCUAGUGGGCAGUGUCCUGCGCCUGCUUUUGGAUGCUGGUUUCCUCUUCCUGCUGCGCUUCUCCCUGGAUGACAGAGUGGAUGGAGUCAUUGCAGCUGCCGUCCGGGCUCUUCGGGCUCUGCUGGUGGCUCCUGGAGAUGAGGAGCUCCUUGACAGCACCUUCUCCUGGUACCGUGGAGCUUUGGUGUUCCCUCUGAUGCCCAGCCAGGAAGACGAGGACGAUGAGGAUGAAGAUGAAGAGCCUCCAGCAGAGAAAAUAAAAAGGAAGAGUCCUGAGCAAGGAAACCGGCCUCCAUCUGACCUGGCUCGACACGAUGUCAUCAAGGGGCUUCUGGCUACCAACUUGCUGCCUCGGCUGCGCUACUUGCUAGAGGUCACCUGCCCAGCACCAUCUGUGGUCCUUGACAUCCUAGCUGUGCUCAUCCGUCUGGCCCGGCAUUCCCUGGAGUCAGCCACAAGGGUCCUAGAGUGCCCUCGGCUAAUAGAGACCGUGGUUCGGGAGUUCCUGCCCACCAGCUGGUACCCCAUGAGAGCGGGGCCUGCCCCCAGCCUACACAGAGUGCCCUGUGCCGCUGCCAUGAAACUGCUUCGUGUCCUGGCCUCGGCUGGUAGGAACAUCGCUGCCCGACUGCUGAGCAGCUUUGAUCUUCGGAGCCGCCUGAGCCGCUUUCUAGCAGAGGCUCCCCAGGAAAUGGCCUUGCCCCUAGAGGAAGCUGAGGCUCUGAGCAGCGAGGCCUUCCGUCUGUGGGCUGUGGCUGCCUCCUAUGGCCAAGGUGCUGAACUUUACAGGGAGCUGUACCCAGUGCUGAUGCGGGCCCUGCAGGCCGUGCCAGAGGAACUCAGCACACAGCCUGCUCGGCCCUUGUCCAUGCAGCGGAUAGCGUCCUUGCUCACUCUCCUUGCCCAGCUGACCCUGGCCACCAGCAGCACCACCCCUGAACCCAGCAGUGACAGUGCUGGGGCCAGUGUGUCGGCCACCCCUUCCUCAAUCACUUGGACACAGGUGUCCGGGCUCCAGCCUCUUGUGGAGCCCUGUCUAAGACAGACCUUGAAGUUGCUGCCCAGACCUGAGAUGUGGCAGGCCCUGGGCCCAGUGCCCACUGCCUGCUUGCUCUUCUUGGAUGCAUACUACCAGGCCUGGAGCCAGCAGCCAAGCCUGUGCCCAGGGGAUUGGCUACAGGAUAUGGAGCGCCUGUCAGAGAGCCUGCUGUUACCCUUGCUGCACACACCCACUCUGGGCAGCCUGUGGGAUUCUCUUGGGAGCUGCUCCCCUCUCUGCAACCCGCAGUUCUGUGUUCGGGCCCCUGAAGCUCUCCCCAGCCUCGUGUCACUGGGCAGCACAGGAGGCCGCCUCUCUCUCAGUUUGGCUGGCUCAGCCUCACCGUUCCCAUUCCUCACUGCCCUUCUCUGUCUUUUCAACACCUUGGCCCGGAUCCACAAGGGGCUGUGUGACCAGCUGGCUGCCAUAUUGGCCGCCCCGGGACUCCAGAACUACUUCCUCCAGUGUUUGGCUCCCAUGGCUGCCCCACACUUCACGCCCUUCUCUGCGUGGGCCUUGCGCCACGAGUACCACCUGCAGUACCUGGCACUCAUCCUGGCACAGAAAGCGGCAACAGUCCAGCCAGAUCUGGCCAUCAACACUGCCCUCCAUCACAGUCUGGUCUUGGCCUUGCUGAGCCGACUGCUGCCCGGAAGUGAGCACCUUGCCCAUGAGCUCCUGCUGAGCUGUGUAUUCCGUCUGGAGUUCCUCCCGGAAAGAACAUCAGGGGGUCUGGAGGCAGCUGACUUCUCUGACCGGCUGUCCUUAGGGAACAACAAGGACUCGGGGUGUGGGCGAGGCGCUCUGCUGGCUCAGGCCUGCCAGGACCUCCCCAGCAUCCGCAGCUGCUACCUGACCCACUGUUCACUGGCCCGAGCCAGCCUGCUAGCCUCGCAGGCCUCAUACCGAGGGGAGCUGCAGCGAGUCCCCGGCCUGCUGCUCCCUGUGCCGAAGGAGCCGCUGCUGCCCACCGACUGGCCUUUCCUGCCACUGAUCCACCUCUACCACCAGGCCGCAGACACUUCCCUGGGGCUCCCUCCUGCUGACACUAUAGGCACGGCUCUGCGGGCUCUGCAGUGGGUGCUGGUCCUGGAGAGCUGGCGCCCUCAGGCCCUCUGGGCCGUGCCUCCCGCCGCCCGCCUGGCACGGCUCAUGUGUGUGUUCCUCGUGGACACUGAACUAUUCCGGGAGACCCCAGUACAACAUCUGGUGGCCACGCUCCUGGCCCGGCUCUGCCAGCCUCAAGUUCUGCUGGACCUCAAGCUGGAUUGCCCACUACCUGGCCUGGCGUCUUUCCCUGACCUCUAUGCCAGCUUCCUGGAGCACUUUGAGGCUGUCUCUUAUGGGGACCACCUCUUUGGAGCCCUGGUGCUCCUUCCCCUGCAGCGCCGGUUCAGCGUCACUCUGCGCCUUGCCCUCUUUGGGGAGCAUGUGGGAGCCUUGCGAGCUCUGGGCCUGCCUCUGACCCAGGUCUCAUUCCCCCUGUCACAGCUGCCUGUGUCCUUGGAGUGCUAUACAGAGCCUCCCGAAGACAACCUGGCCCUUCUUCAGCUCUACUUCCAGGCUCUGGUUACUGGUGCUCUCUGUCCACGUUGGUGCCCUGUGCUCUAUGCUGUGGCCAUGGCUCAUGUCAACAGCUUCAUCUUCUCUCAGGACCCCAAGAGCUCAGAGGAGGUCAAGGCUGCCCGCAGAAGCAUGCUGCAGAAAACUUGGCUGCUGGCAGAUGAGGGUCUCCGGCAUCACCUCCUCCACUAUAAGCUCCCUAAUUCUGCCCUCCCAGAAGGCUUUGAGCUCUAUCCCCAGUUGCCCCCUCUGCGUCAGCAGUACCUCCAGCAACUGACCUCAGGGAUGCUCCAAAAUGGGGUAUCCAAGGCCUAGUACAGUUGCUAUAGAUGGAGACUUGGAUACAUUCUCCUGGGGUUCACCAACACGUGCCUGACCAAACAAAAGGAUUUCGUGUCCUUAUGGGUGCACAAGAGACAAAGGAACAGAAGGUUUGCCUUCCUGGAAGCAGGCCAUUGGAGCUUUUUUGGAGCAGGGUGAGCCCUACCAUUAUAUACUAUUGUGUGAAGCUCAGGAUCUGGGCCUUCUGAGGGUCUGUACUGUGAGUGAAGGGUGACUUAAUUAUUUAACCCUCUUUUGGGGACAAGGAAAACUAUGGACAUCUCUCCUUCCCCUGCCCCAGACCAGGAUAUAUGAAUGCUGUAGAUGUGUACUGAAAUAAAAAAUUUUUGUAUCUCCUA